AUGAAUAUGCCUGUUAAGAAAUCACCCGUGAUUAAUGCAUUUGGAGUAAUCGCUCCCUCUUAUUAUGAAAAAAUCUUGAGGUUUAAUUUGCAAAAUUUAAAGAAAAGAAGGAGUAGUAAAUCAAAGCCACCAUUUUCAAUCACAACAGAAUUCAUCUUGAGAUUCAACCAAACCAAAAAUCCAAAAGAGAAGGAAGAAUUGUUGGAUCUAGCUAGAAAAGCCAUUCUCAAAUGUAGGAGAAAAUUGGGUCUCAGAACCUUAGGCACUGGGAAACAUGUGCAUCUUCCUACUGCAUGGACUGAAAUAAUAUAUCUGGCUCAAUGCAAAGGAGAAAUCCAAGAUGAAGCUUUAAAUAUGCUUUAUGCUUCCUUGGACCAUGCUGCCUUCGAUUAUGAUCAUCUACCUGUCUUGUUUUUUCUUGGGGAAUCGGUUUUAUAUAGACUCUGUUGUGAUGCUUUCCUAAAGCCUUACUUAUAUUCACUUGAAAUAAAGCUGGCAAAGAUUGGCUAUUUGAUCUUCUUAAGACUUUUUAUAUAUUUCCUGCAUGGUCACCUAGAAGGCUCUCAACAACAUUUACUUAGGCUUCAACCAUAUUUAUACGCACUUUAUUUCUCUGAAGAAUCAUAUUACAAGUAUCCAAACAUUUUUUCAAAUGUGCAAUUUAUUCUGAAAACCAUGGAAAUUAUAUGUGAAAGAGAAUUACCAUCUGGAUCAAUUUUUAGCCCUGUGGAAAAUGAGGAACAGUAUGAGGACACAGAUUCUGAUACGGAAGGAUACGAAGUUAACAACCUCCUCUGGCACUGUGUUGCUGCCUGGACUUGUGUUCAGAAAAACAGUCCUCAGUUGAAGAAGGUGCUUGAACAUCUCACCCUUCAUAAAACACAGCUUCAAGAGAAAUGCUGGAUGGAUUCUGCACUGGCUUUGUUGGUUCUUGGGGAGGCUGCCAAAUUAAACAUGGCCUGCUUGAAAGCUUUAAUGGACCUAAUGAGAGAUUUUCUUUUAAGCAUUUUGUCUGACCAGAAUCAGAAAGAAAACUGCACCAUUGAUGAUUUUUCGUGGGCCUGGGUUGUAGUCUACAUGUAUAUAACAAUUCUUACAGAAAUCUGCUUGUAUGCAGCCAUUUCUAAUUUGCGAAAAACUGCUUUUAUUGGUUUCUGUGACUGUAAAAGUUCAAAGGAGGAUAUUUUACCCCUGGACAAAUCAAAACAACAGCCAGAGCUGACGGAAACAAGUAUUUUAGGUCUUUUGAACUAUUUCUUUUCAAAAAUAUCAGAUAAUUGUGAUCAAGUGAUAUGGACCGGAUACUAUGGCUUAGUGUAUAACCUGGUGAAAAUGUCAUGGGAACUUCGGAGCGAUGAGGAACAGGAUGGACUUAGAAACCUAAUAUGGCAAACAUUACAGAAAAUAAAGGAUUAUGAAAAAGAUGAGUGGAUCAGUAAUGCAGCAUUUAUAGCUCAGGCUGAGUUAAAUGACCCCAUGGAUCCUUUCACUAGUUACAGUUCAAAAGUUCCAUCAAAUGCAGGGGAUGAAGUUUUCUCCAAAUAUAUAGGAUGGAGAAUUGCCAGUGUACUUUCCAAACUGUUCUUCCCCUCCACUGAUGCCGGUGUCCUUCCUUUGAAGAAACCAUUGAUAAAAAGGGAUCAAAUGAAAUAUCUGUAUAAAAAGCAAGAUUCUACAAAGAAGAAAGUUCUACAUUUUACUGUAAGGGAACACCCUUCUGUAAUAGACCUCCCCAUGUUUCCAUAUCCAGAUUUCUUCACCAGGAAAGAUGAAGAAUUGGCAAGAAUCAUUGACCAUCAUUGGCAGGAAGAGCUGAAGACCUGGCAGAAAGAAGAUGCAAUAUGUGAGGCCAAAGAACGUGAAGAUAAGGAGUUAGAGGGAAAAAAUCACUUCAGAGAAAUUAUGAGAAGAAGGGAAGAGAAACUACAAAAGCAAACCAAACCCUAUGAGCUUCCUCCUAGGACUGAAGUAAUUUCAUCAGAAAAGAAAAUGACCUCCCAAAAUUGA